UAUAAUCUAGGCAUUUUUAUGAGAUUCGAUAACCUAAGAUAGUGCAGUAUUGAACAAAUAAAAUAAACGAGGAAAUGGCAAACAUUCCUAUAAUCGCCCUGCUCUUUGUUGCAUUUUGUGUUUCAACCUUCUUGAACUUUGCCAAUGCCUUCGGAAUGCCAUUUAUUGUCGUAGGUCAUGUUUAUUGUGACACUUGUCGUGUUGAAUUUGAACCACGCUCAGUCAAGGCAUUGGUGGAACCGUAUCAACAAAUCCUAUACCUAUCGGAGCAAACACAUAGUCACUGAUAAGAAGGGAAACUAUGAAAUCGAAGUGCCAGGCGAUUAUAAGGAAUCAGAUUGCGACGUCAUCCUGGUCAGGAGUUCCAGGCAGGAUUGCAAUGAUCCCACUGGAAGGUGGAGGAAAACCAAGAUGGUCCUCACCAUAUCGGGUGGCGUCAAAGGCAAUGUGCGUGCUGCCAAGAGUCUUGGGUUCAAGAAAAGGACACCUCUUCCUGGUUGUAAUAAAGUUCUUAAAGGAAUGAGGUUGUUUUGAGCUUAAGGAUGAAGUUGGAGACCAAAACCUUUGAGAAUUGAUGGAAAAAUGUAUUACAUAAUAUAUUUAAUUUAAAUGAGAAAUUAUAUCUA